CACUCCGAAGAAGAUCCUUUCCCACAGGUCUAACUACUGUAGCUAGUGAACUAACACAUCGGGUGACAAACAAUAAUGGUUUAUUUGUUUUUGACGACCAUAAAGUAAAGUCACAUAUAGAACAAUGUGUCAGAUGUUUCACCGGAUGUAUAAAUCUGAAGCAUCCGGUUGGAAUUUCCUCUCGUCACAAAUUCGGUAACGUGAGGAAGCCCGGUGGCCGUUAGUGGGAGAAGAUGGAGCGAUAUUGAUUUUAUCCGAUAUUCUGCUAAUUUUCUCAUCGAUGAAACACUUGAUCUCAAUACAGGUUUCUGUUACAAAAACUUGAAUAUUUUACGAACAGAGUGGACUAAGUUUUUGUAGACAUUACCCUUUGCCAAAGUUUUUAAAAAAUUGCGUUGUUUACAAAGUGUGAAAGGGCGAAUUGCGAUAUUGCACACGCGCCUUUCACAUAGUAGGCGUUCCCUAACGGAAAUAUGCUAAUAGCUGCUAUAACACACCAAUAGGAUCUCGCUAUCCCGGUACUUGGUUCUGCCCACAAUGAUUCGUUUUCUACCUUUGGAAACGACAGGCGGUGGUUUAUCUUGGAUCAGUUAUGAACCAACUUUACAGUGACAUUUUUAGCAGCUUGCUUCCUGGUUUGUUUUAUUACACCUUUUUGUCGUGGUCUUGCUGUGACUAUCACAUACCAGGGACUAGUUGUGAAAUCACUCCACUGAUAUCGCCAGUGAGUUUAUACAAGUCAGAAAAUAGCCUACUGUGACUGUCUUUGGCUAAUACUGUGCAGAUGCCACCACUGGCAAGGGCGAGUGGCAAAGGGACGAAAAGAAGGCCCAAACUAGACUGGAGUUUUGUCCAGAGGUUCUGCAGCAUCCAGAGGGUUCUCUUCCCAUCAUGGUCCAGUCAGAACGUACUGAUGUUGGGGACGUUGGUGGGAGUCACACUCACAGAACAGCUGAUCAUUUACCAAGUGGGAGUCAUCCCCAGUCAGUUCUACGAGGUCCUGUCUGACAAGAACUAUGGUGCGUUCAAGAACCUCGCAGGGUUGGCCUUCCUGCUUAUACUGCUCAACUCCACAUUGAAGAGUGUGGACCAGUAUAUCUGCAGUCUGAUGUCUGUGAGUUGGAGGAAGUCUUUAACAGAGAGUCUCCACAGAGCUUACUUCCAGGGGAACGUUUACUACACUCUCAACGUGCUCAGAGAGGACAUUGAUAACCCAGACCAGCGGAUCAGUCAGGACACAGAGAGGUUAUGUAAACAGAUGAGCACCAUGGCCAGCAGACUGAUCAUCUCUCCAUUCACCCUGGUCUACUACACCUACCAAUGUUACUACAGCACUGGCUGGAUAGGUCCUGUUAGUAUCUUUGGCUACUUCCUAGUGGGGACUAUCACCAAUAAAAUCCUCAUGGGACCAAUUGUGUCAACUCUGUUUGAACAGGAGAAACUGGAAGGGGACUUCAGGUUCAAGCAUAUGCAAAUCCGGUCCAACGCAGAGUCUGCUUCUUUCUACCGAGCUGGUAAGGUGGAACACAUGAGGACAGACAGGAGACUGCAGACGCUGCUGCGCUGCCAGAAGAGUCUGAUGAACAAAGAACUCUGGCUGUACAUUGGAGUGAACACCUUUGACUACCUGGGUGGUAUCCUCAGCUACAUCAUUAUCUCCAUCCCCAUCUUUUCUGGUGUUUAUAACAACCUCAGUCCAGGGGAGCUCAGUGCCCUCAUCAGUAAGAAUGCCUUUGUAUGUAUCUACCUGAUAAGCUGCUUUAGUCAGCUAAUAGACCUGUCCACCACUCUGUCAGACGUGGCUGGAUACACCCACAGGAUAGGAGAGCUGAGGGAAGUAAUGGAUGAUAUCUUGAGGACACAUUGUGACUACGACCCUGCAUCAGGAGAUUCCUACGACUUUGACAGUGACAAGGUCCACAGUGGUCCAGCAGACACAGCCUUCAUCCUGGACUGUGUGUCUUACAAGAGUCCCUUCUCUGAGGAGCUGCUGGUUGAAGAGCUGAGUAUCAAGAUCAGCCAGGGCUCCAAUCUGCUGGUGGUGGGAAACACAGGCACUGGGAAGACCUCCCUACUGAGGGUCCUGAACCGCCUGUGGGAGGCCGACAGCGGCUAUGUCCAGAUGACGACGUGUUUCGGUCCCAGGGGAAUCCUCUUUCUGCCUCAGAAACCCUACCUGACAGACGGAACGCUCAGAGAACAGGUGAUCUACCCUCUGAAGGAGAUCUACCCCGUAUCAGGGUCAGUGGACGAUGAGAGAAUUAUUCAGUACCUGGAACUAGCUGGAGUGUCUAGUCUCCUGAAGAGGACGGGAGGACUGGAUGAGCCUGUAGACUGGAACUGGUAUGAUGUUCUGUCCCCGGGGGAGAUGCAGAGGCUUUGCUUUGCCCGCCUCUUCUACCUGCAGCCUAAAUACGCAGUGUUGGACGAGGCGACCAGUGCCCUGACAGAGGAGGCAGAGGGGCAGAUGUACCGAGGUUGUAAGCAGCUGGGAAUGACCCUGGUCAGCCUGGGACACCGCAGAAGCCUAGAGAAGUACCAUGACGUCUCGUUGAAACUGUGUGGAGAGGGACGCUGGGAGCUGACCAAACUUAAAGAGAAGUGAUGCUUGAAACAAUGACUGGCCACAACUCAACCAAAACACAACCAAAAUGUAACUGACAAUCACUUAACCAAAACCAGUGUUAAUUUUGGCACUCUCUUACAUUUAGUCUAGUUCUAGUCAUUUUGACUAAAAUAUAAUUAAGUCUUGGUCACCAUUUUUGUCAUUUGAAUAAUACAUUAGUCUCGUCAAAAUGACAAACAUUGAUCCAUUUUAGUCAACUAAAUGCCUUUUUCAUUUUAGUCAUAUUUUAGUCACGUCACAUUUGUAUUGCCUUGUUAACCUAUAGUAAAUAUACAAUGCCUUCAGAAAGUAUUCACACACCUUGACUUUUUCCACAUUUUGUUGUGUUACAGCCUGAAUUUAACAUGGAUUAAAUGACGAUUUUCUUUGUCACAGGCCUACGCACAAUACCCCAUAAUGUCAAAGUGGAUAAUUGUUUUGAUUAUUUUUUUUACUAAUUAAUAAAAAAUGAAAAGCUGAAA